CGCAAACGGCGCGAUGGGUCAUGAUGAUUUGACUGCCGGGGCGGAACGAAUACAGCUCUGUGGCCUGAGGCAGGAUACUUCAAGAGCGUGCUGGCCGGCUUCUCCUCAGCAAGAUUCUCCAGACUUAGCCCGACACGGAUGUCAGCAGCGAAGGAAGGACUCAAGAGUUGUGCUACGCCCGAUCAAGGUGCUUUCGCGCCGCAGGAGCCUAUGAAGAGCGACGCCGCGCCGGUUGUCGACGCGGCCUUCAAGUCGUUCGUAGAAGGCAUUCUCGCACACGACGCUAUACCUGGCCUCUCCGUCGCCGUGGUGUGCCCGGACGGCGGGAUCGAGCUCGGGGCCUGGGGUGUUCGAACGGAAGAGGGUGACCCCUUCGAAACCGAUACCUUGGUAGCUGUCGCAUCCGUGUCUAAGGCGUUCGUACCAGCCGCGAUGGGUAUCAUGAUAGACGACUUUGCAAAAGGGAAGAACGUUACGUCGCUCCCUCCCUCUAUCGAGGUUCUGGACUGGGACACGAAGAUCAAAGAGCUUUUGCCUGACGAGUGGGAGCUACAAGAUCAUUGUGCGACCGAAGGGAUCAACUUGCGCGACAUAUUCGCCCAUCAUACUGGCCUGUCAGAUCAUACGCACUCGCAUGGUCGCGACGAUAUGCCUCAGGACAUCAUCGCUCGUUUCAAACAUCUUCGGUCGACAUCUGGAAUUCGCCAGUCGUGGUUGUACAACAACAUGAUGUACAUGACGGGGACGUACAUAAUCUCGAAGUACUCUGGCAUGACAUAUCAGGACUUCGUCGCCGAUCGUAUAUUCAAGCCCCUCGGAAUGAAAGACACCACAUAUUCACCUUCCCGAGCGGAAAGCACCGGCCGGUUCUCCCAUUCCUGGACCAGAUCCGGCCGACGUAUCCCACACUUUAUAGAUGACCAGGUCGCGGAGCUCUGCGCGGGUGGCGGUGGUGUGAUCACCACCUCCGCCGACAUGGCGCGAUGGGUGCGAAUGUGGUUACACCAAGGGGUGGAUCCGGUCACGAACGAGACGGUGCUCCCGAAGUCUGUCUAUGACGUCGCGAUCGCGCCGGCUUCCAUCGUCCGGGGUCUUCCUGGGUUCAUACAAGUACCCAUCAUGAACUACGGUCUGGGAUGGAUCAGGAACUCGUUGGAAGGCUUAGAUAUGAUAUGGCACGCUGGCGCUAUUCCGGGCGUAUCAGCUCUCGCAGCAUUCUUCCCGCAGGUCAAGGCCGGAGUAGUAGUCCUUGCAAAUGCGGACAACACCACGUCGGCCACAGUGCGGGUUGGGAUGCGUAUCCUGAAGUCCGUACUCAAACAACCUCUCCAGGAUACCGAAGCUGGCGAACAAGGAGCUAGCCCUGCCGCUCACAGAUCCGUGGGCGUGCCGCCUCCUGCUGCAUCAAGCGCUCCGGCGAUGGCGCCUUCUCUCGCACAUCUCGCGGGUAUUUACUCCGAUCCCGGAUACGGAACUUUAAACCUACGCGCCUCCGAGAGUGCUUCGCGCUACAGCGAUGCUGUGAUAGCUGAUUUCGCGAGCGUGGAUGCAGCGAAGGGGGAUUCGGCGGGGCCGCAGCUCCUCGCCGCCUGGAACCGCGUGUUCUCGAGCCACGUCCGCUUUGUCCCGCGCGCCGAUCGCGCAGACACGUUCGACGUCCGGUUCACGAUGCUGUACCCGCGGGGGUACGGGGCGGACGCGACGCCGUUCGAGACGACGGCGCAGCUCGGGCCCGGCGCGCAGGCCACGGCCGAGUUUGUGAUGGACGAGGAGGGCGAGGUGUUGGGAUUCGGGAUGUUUGGCGUGGCGGGAGGGAAGACGGAGAGGAUGAGGACAGGGAAGACGGUGUGGGAGAGGGCGGACGUGUGGUUCGUGAGGGAGCGUGGGCCCCGGGUCGAAGCGCACGAGUAGCUGUAAGUGAAUCCUUUCCGUCCCAGCGGCGCGAUCGGACAAGGGGGAUUGCGUGAUCCGGUUGCAAAGAAUGGCUUGGACUGCCAGAACAGGGCGAGCAUAUGCCCCACUGGGCAGCUUCAGUCCGACAUGUUAGGGUUCGGGGCAGGUUCCUCGUGCAUAUCAACGCGCAUGAUCAGUUCCUUCGUGUCGAGAAUGCAUCAUGCAUCGAACCGUAAUGCCACCAACGUGUCGUAUGAUCGAAGUGUAUCCAGCAGGAGUACGCG